GCCCAGCGCACGUGUGUGCUAUCACUUAUUGGCUAGCAGGGUUUCGGCCCUUGACCAAUCCCCGAGGGCCUGGUCGUCAAGGCGACGGGGCACGCUAACGCCGAGGGCUUCCGAGGAAGACCUGCCCUGGGGAGAGCAGGGAAGGAACGAUGGCGCAGAACUUGUACGGUCCCCGAGUCCGGAUAGGCAACUGGAACGAGGACAUCUACCUGGAGGAGGAGCUCAUGAAAGACUUCUUAGAGAAGAGAGAUAAAGGGACCCUUCUCAUACAGAGAAACAGAAGACUAAAACAGAAUCUUUUGAGACCGAUGCAGCUCUCCAUCUCUGAGGAUGGAUUUGUGCAUUUCGGCGACGCAGUCAUGCUCCUGAAUCCCAGCUACCCUGAGAGGGAGGCCGAGCUGUGUCUGCCUGGAGACCUGAGCCUGUGCAUGACGCCAGAUGAAGUCCGAGCCCACCUGAGCGACGAGCUGGAGGUGCCCUGUGGCUUGAGUGCAGCGCCCACCAGGCUCCCGGUUGGCAGAAACACGUUCACGAUUCUGAGUGCAGACAGAGAUGCCAUUGGUCAAGUUCUUCGAUACGGGCAGGACUUUUGCCUUGGGAUAACAGGAGGAUUUGAAAACAAAAUGUUGUAUUUAUCAAGCGACCAUAGGACCCUGCUGAGAUCGUCUAAGAAGUCCUGGCUGCAGGAGGUGUACCUGACAGACGAGGUCUCCCAACGGAGCCGCUGGCAGGCCGUCUUCCUGGACCCGCAGCUCCGCCUGGAACAGGAAGGCUUCCCCAUCCAGGCAAACACCAAAAUUCUCAUCUAUCACUGCCACACGAAUCGGGCUCUGGCGGUUCACCGGCAGCUGUUCUUGAGAACCUACUUCGGAAAAGAGGCUGAGGUGGUAGCUCACACACAUCUGGACUCACACAAAGUCGAAAAGCCAAAGAACCACUGGAUACUGGUCACUGGGAACCCCAGGAGUGACAUGUCCACCAUGUUGGAUCUGCCCAAACCGCCGGCCGAGGACACCCGAGCUAUGGAGCAGGCCAUGGGCCUAGAUUAGCAGUAACACACUGGGCACACAUGUUCUCGGGAGGGGGGGUGGGGGUGGAGAAAGAGUAUUUGACAGUGACAAGUAUUUGAAAAUGGCCCUUGGUUGAUAACUCUUCUGAGAUCCGCCAUAGUCGCACCUUCUCCGGGGACUGCGCACCUCUUCUUAAAGCUAAGUCUACUUGAUAAAGCUCUCAGAACUCCGUCAAAGUUUCGGGAGAAGCGUUUCCCCUUGACUCUUCAGGGUACUAAGUGAUCCCCUCCGGGUAGCGAGGAGCUGUGGCCCUGACCUUCAUGAUGAACUUCUCCUGGAUUAAAAUGUUCUGUCUGUCUGUCUGUCUACCUCUGCCUUAGGAGGCUGUAUACACUACCUGACUUACUGUUUCAUAGUGAUUUUCCAGCGGCGGAAUCUCUCGGUUUUUACCUUAUCUUCGAAAGUGGUAGUUAUCCAUUUCUCUCGGCACCCAUGUGAUUAGAAAGUUCCUGACACAAUAAACAU